UUUCACAUUUCCUGAAUUUCCUGGGUUAAUUGUCGCUAUUUGCGCGGUUAUGAAUGAGUUAUUCAUCAGAACACACGAUGGGAUAUAUCGAUGUGGUGAAACUGUAUAUGGAGUUAUUUAUCUCAAGAUUGCAACACCAACAUCUGCAUAUGGUGUCCGACUUCAUUUCUUAGGAAUUGAAAAAUAUGAUGUGUUUCUUUCGAUACCUGAUGUUGACAAAUAUGCAAAUGUACACAAAAAGAAAUGGAUUGAUUGUGACAAUAUUCAUGUUUAUAGAUCAGAAGAUGGGAAUCCCAUGGCCAUCGACUGUUACAUGUUUCCAUUUCAAAUGAAUCUACCACAGAACUUGCCAGGGUCCUGUUGGUUUGAGUCAAAUAAUGGUCUUGAUAAAGCACAUGUCAAAUACCAGGUGGAAUCUGAAGUACUGGGAUGCAAGCAUUUCAAGGCGAACCAGGUAUUCCACAUUAAACACUCUCCUCUAGAGAAGCCAUCAAAUGAUACCUCCGGCUCUGCAUCAUUGAAGUUUACUGGUGGUAAUUUCCUCCGUCGGAUUUCCAUUUCUGUUACUGCCAGAUUAAAUAAACCAGAAUACUCCACCAAUGAAACCAUUGGACUCAUUUUAAAAUUUGCUGAUUUAGUCAAGUCAAAGAAAAAGGUGGAAUCAAUAUCUGUCCGGGUUAUGCAAUAUCUUGAGGUGACUCUUAAGUGGGAACGACUCAGCUCAGUCGUUUAUUCUCAUAGCAGUUUUAGGGAAGAUACAGACACAACAAGUGAGGAGGGUAGACCUAAUUCUCAUCAUUUACUCAAUGGAAAGUGUGUUCUAAGUCGAGAAUUGACAAUUACAGAUAAUGAGAUUCUUGAAAGUGAGUUCACCUUCUUUGUCCCGUUGUCUCAAGCCCAAGAAAUUGUGAUACCAUCUACACAAGGGCAGCACAUUCGAUCUUGGCACUGUUUAGAGGUACAAAUUAGUAUUGCAGGCAUGGGGAAGAAUUCUCUCACACUCCCGAUCCGCUGCCUUUAUCCCAAGGACAAUGAGGAGUGGUCAAGUUGGCAGCCUCCAGAAUGGACAUAUAGGUCAAAACUCAUUAAGACUCCACAUGUGUGUUCUGUACCAGAAAGUGUACUUGCCUCAGAAGCAUUUGCUGGAUUCCCUGGAUUUCAAGCGUUCUAAAUCUGAUGAGGAUCAUUCUCCUUGCCAUAAUGUGCUGUUGGUGCUAGAUUUGGCAGUGCUUUACCAGAUACAGUCUACAGUUACGGUACAUUCGUUGUAUCAUCUUGCUGAUGUAAUGUCAGUUAUGGCAUCCACAUUAAUUGUACCAAGAUCCAAGACUGUUUUGUAUGGUGAUAGGUCCUUUAAAGUGUCUUAGCCAACGCUUUGGAAUUCGCUCCAAUCUGAGCUUUGAACAAUCGGUGAGCUUGGGGCCUUUCGGCGAGCACUUAAGACGUAUCUUUUCAAACAGGCAUACAACCUGUAGGUUGUGAUCUUGUAGGUUGUGAUCGUUGGGGGUCCCAGCGUAUAAAUGAUUUGGCCCCGGAAACCCAUGAUGAAUGAAUGAAAAUCUCCCAAACUAGUGCACCAAUUCCAAUGCGGUUUUCAGGAUAUUAUCAGAAAUCUUGUUUUCUAUUUAUACAUUAUGGCAGGAAUGUUAAUGCAUGAGUUUUUCAUUAUGUUAUCAGUCAAUUAAAAAAUCCUUAUGAAAAAACUUUUUUGGCUCACCAGGUGAGUCCAUAUUCAGUAGUGCAGUGUCCAUCGUCCGUCGUCGUCGUCGUCGUCGUCCAUCCUAUCCUAUUUCAAAAACAGUGGCAGGUUUCUUAACCGCUAGGGCUAUGGACUCAAAACUUUGUAUGCAUGACCCCCCAGGUCAGGUGACCUCUGACAAUGAAUUUCGGUCCGAUCUGAUUCUGACUUGGCCACCAGGGGGCCAGAAGUGGACAUCUAAAAAGUGUGAUAUCUCUCUUAUGAGUGACUCGUUUUUGAUAACGUUUUUGAUAACGUUUUUGAUUUUUAUGGUAGGUUCUCCUAGUAAGGAUCACCACAUAUCAUACGGGUUUUUGAUUUUGACCUAAUUUUCAAGGUCACAGAGGUCAAAUGGCGUAAUUGUCCGUUUGAGUGUACCUAUGGCACGAUUCUUAACCAAUAAAGCUAUGAACUGGAAAUUUGGUACUCACGACUCCCUACAUCAUGUUACCUCGGACACCGAAUUUCGAUCCGAUCUGAAUCCUGACUUGGCCACCAGGAGGCCAAAACUAAAAAAGGUAAAAAGAGCAAUAACUCGCUUAUUAGUGACUUUUUUUUUCGAUGAUAUUUUUAUGGUAGGAAUUCUGCAAGUAACGAUGUCAUACCGACUUUGGUUUGACCUAUAUACAAUACAUGUAGCAUGUUUCUUGAGCAGGAUGAACUCCUAACCACCAAAUACAUGUAUCUAUGCGGUGAGCAAAAUGGCCCUUGGCCGUUUCAAUAUUUCAAACUUGUUUUGAAAUAUUUUUCGCCAGAACGAUAGCAUCCUUUAUUGUAUGUCACAUGUGUUUGUGAUUUUAACUACUUUUCAAGGUCACUGAGGUUAAAUGGCAUAAAAUUUCGAUUUGGCUUUUAACAUGUGUUAUAGCAUGGCAUGUUUCUUAACCAUCAUGUAUUCUUAACCAUCAAAUAUCUAUAAGAUGAGCACAAUGUCCCUUGGCCUUUUCAUUACUUGAGAACAUUAGUUUUUUUAGGCUUCUGACUGUUUUUACCCCGAGGCCGAAUAUCAGCCUUCGGGGUGUUGUCGUCAGUGACAGGGUCCGUCCGUCUGUCCGUCCAUCAUUGAGUUUGGCCGGGCCAUUUCUCGGUGCCUAGCAAGAGUAGGCUUUUCUUAUUAACAGGAUGUGUGUAUCCAUCAAUGAACCUGUGCGCUGUGCCAUUAUUUUUUCAUUUCAACCCUUUGUGGCUGAUAUAGGAGGCGCUAUUCAACCCUUCGAGGCUGAUAUAGAGGGCGCUCUAUACAAAACAUUUGUCUAGGCCAGUAGUUUUUUUAUAUUAACAGGGUGCGUGUAUCCAACAACGAACCUGUGCACUGCACCAUUAUUUUUUUCAUUUUUGCCCUUCGUGGCUGAUAUAGGGGGCGCUACUCGAAAUGUUUGUCCGGGCAAUUUCUCAGUGUGUAUCAAUAGUAGGCCUUCAGUGUGUGUGUGCGUGUGCGUGUGUGUGUGUGUGUAUCUAUCCAGCAAUUAACAUGUGCGCUGUGCCAUUCUUUUUUUCCUUAUAACCCUUUGUAGCUGAUUAGGGAGCGCUACUCGAAAUGUUUGUCCGGGCAAUUUCUCAACCCUUUAUUGCUGAUAUAGAGGGCAGAACUCAAAAUCUUAUCAACUUUCAAAACACAUAAUGUAUUCCCCUUUCUUGGUCAUUUUGUAAUUCUAAUGAAACAAAUGACCCAAUGCCAUUUGUGAAGAUGAAUAAUUCAACAAAGAAAAACUAAGAGUGUUGAUCUGCUUCAAAUGUUUUGUAUACGAAAUGGAUACAUAAUGCUUAUGAAAUGCCUUUACACCACCUGUGUAUCAUACUUUACAACUUCCAAAUACUGGUUAGUACUCUAAAUUGAACACAUUAUAUGUGUCAAACUUCAAUGUCUGCUCAAUCAGCUCCAGACAAGAAACAUAUAUUUUUAAUUUGACCUUAGCACCAUUGCAGAAGAUGGUGACUGCCACUCAGCACUCAGGGUUCAAUGUGAUAGAGCAAGCUGUCCUCCAGCUCAGCCAACUUCGGGUUUUACUGAGGGCUUCAACAUCAUAAUCUCUACAACCUUAAUAUGUAAAAACAGUUCCCCUAUGAAUGAUACAUUCUUCAACUUGCACCCAAGCUGAGGGGACUUAAGUGCGACUGAGCACGUUAUCUUUUUUCAGUGCGAGGGAAAGCUUGACUGUACACUGUACUGGAUGCAUCAGAAAAUGUGCACAAGAUUUACUGCUAAUUGUGAUGUGUAAGGAUGAACACUUUUGAAUGCAUUAUUUUGAAACAAAUGUCAUUGUGAGUACAUUUGUACAUGUACAUGUAGUGUAACUUCAUAGAAUAUCAGCUGUGUGCAUUGUACAAUUAUUUUGAUAUCACUCCAAAUUAUCAUGUAUAUUGUAUUGGCUGAAAAUAAACUUGCACAUUUAAUAACUAAUCAAGUUUUCAAUUCAUUCUCCACAUGUGUGAUCCAUCAGGCCAAAAAGGUUAGUUAGUGGCAUUUGGGGCCAUGUGGAGUUAUGUACAGUCAUACCCAGAAGUAAAUGUCCACAGGUGUUUUUAAAUAUCGCAGAGAUAAGAUAAUUGAAUGUGGUUUUCAGCAGAGAAUGCUAUAUUUAGUUGGUAAUGUACCUGUUGUAUUUUGGACCAGCUGUAAUCCUGUCUCUUUAUUAUGUAACAGGCCAUGUUGAUUUCGUUCUUUUAUACAAUGUAUGGGUGAACUAUGUAUGAUGCAACAAAGGUUUUUUUCGCUUUAAAACAGAAAAUUCCUGCUAAAUUCUUCAUUUUGAAGACUAGUUUUAGCUCGCUGUAGGUGAUUGGUUUUUUUCAGACAGCUGGAGACCUUUGAGAACUCCCCUGGUGGUCAGCAAUGCAGUCAGUCAGGGUCUUUAUGAAUGGGGCCAUUCAAAGCAUUUGAUAGUUCAAUUACUAUUAUAAGCAGAGGGUUGAUUUCCACAUAAAAAUAGGAAGUGUUUACUUAGAAACCCAUUGAAUAUGGUCGAUCCUGUUCAUGAUAGGAAAUCUAAUAUGAUGGGUUUUUUAUUGUAAUAACAUGGCCCUUGGCCAACUCGGGUCAUACAUGAAGGAUUUGGGGUCUUUCUCAAAGAUAAUGGAUGAGAUUAAAAUCAUAUCAUAAAAAUUGUUAGCGAAGGACAUCACUUAUGACUAUCGAACACAUUCUAUGGAAUUGCAAGUGCCAAAAAAUGAUUGUCAUAAUGCACAGUUCAUGGUCUUAUGUGAAUUUUUGAAAAGGCACAUGAAAUAAAAAGAAGUGAUUUUUGGACCCUUUUUUGAAAUGUCUGUUACAUAAUGAAGGGAUGGAAUUAGGUGCAUCCAAAUAAAAUAGAUAUGACAGAUGAUGACACGGGCUGUUCAGGUUAUUGUGUCGACCAUGUCAAAUGCAUCCAAAGAGGAGGGGGUCACGUGGAGGG